AUGGGUUUGGAAAUGUCACAGACUUCAACUACUCAAAAAUUUAGAGGACUAGGACCAAGUAGAUUGAAGUAUGAAGAUAGAACCUGUGAUCAAUGUGGAAUCAAAGUUGCAGUUAAGAUUGUUGGCCCUCAAAGUCCAAACUUUCAGAAACUAUAUUACCAUUGUGAUAGACAUAGAUUUAUUGGUUGGGCUAAUCCAAUAAAUGAAGACGAAGUAAGCAUAAGAGAAGAAGUUAGCACAAGCGAGAAAUCUGUUGUGGAUCGUGAAAGCUACAAAGAUGUGAAAAUAAAGAAGAAACUUGAUAAGAUGUUUCUUUUAAGUUGUUCCACUAUAAGUUGA